AUGAGCCCCUUCUCGCUGUCUGCGACGAAGCUCGCCGAGUACCACCACUUUAACUGCGACCUGUACCUGCAUGACGCAUUCCACCGCGACACACGUGGUCCGCCUGGGGGCGUGGUCUCAGAAACGGCACAAGCCAACUUUCAGCGGGGAGUGGACUGGGAGCGCGCGUGUCUUUUUCCGUACUUGGAUCGGGAAAACCUUCUGUUGACCAUCCCCCCACGCCCGAUAGACAGCGCCGUGCUGGCGGCGAACAUCGAGGCCGAUGACAGGGCGCACUUCUUUGUGUCGGGCGUCGAAUUCUGGCCGCCCAUGGACAAGCUGCGGGCGCGUUUCUCGAAAGCGGGGACAGACCCCGUCCAGUUCGGGCUCGCGAAGCCUGACCUGAUCGAGAUUACGCGCGAGCCUGGCGGGCACGUCGUGUGGCGCGUCAUCGACGCCAAAGCGUCCAAAGCGGUCAAGACGUCGCACCACGUGCAGAUAUACUUCUACCACCUCUGUCUGAGCCUCCUCCUGCCUGGCCCGCUGUUCGAGCCCGCAGAUGAUGCCGCGAUAUGGCUCCCGCCCGCAGAGGGCUUUGAUGAGGAGACGUGUCCUUCCAUGGACGACCUGCAUAGCAUCGACAUUAACCUCCUCGCGCCGUCGCUCGACGACUUUCUUUUCCGGAAGCUGCCACGAAUCGUCUCCCAGCCGCGGGAAGAGAUCCCGUGGCAUUUAAAUCCGCUGUGUCGCGGCUGCCCAUUUGAGGCGGGCUGCACGCAGCGCACCGUAGACGAAGGGCGGCUCGGCGUCAUGCCGAAUAUUUCGCUCGCCCAGGUAGAAGUCCUCCGGACUAUGCUGGGUGUCUCCUCUUCGGGUGGCAGCGGAACGACCGAUAUUGAGGAUCUCCACCGUCUCUUGGGUGAUAGCAACGAGAUGCGGAAGCUGGAGCUGUCGCAUCCCAGCACGGCGAGGAAGGCAAAGCGCAUACUUGCCAUGCGGAAAUCGGCGGCGACCAGCCCGGCUUUGGAGGCAGCCAGAACACGUGCAGUACAGGUUAUACCGCGACGCAACUUCACCUUCCCGCGACGAGAAGAUGUUUCAGUAGUAAUCUCUGUUGUCAUCGACCCAUCGUCCUCCAAACAACGGAUUGCCACCUUUUGCAUCUCCGUCUUCUCCUGCAUUCCGACUCUCGCGUGGGAGCCUGUCAGCGGCCCUGAAUCCGCUUUUAUCGAGACGCUGAGCUCCCUGCUCAAUAAUAUUCUGUCUCUUAACGAAUACGUGAAGCCCACGCCACUCACGCAGAUAUAUGUCUUCUCGAGCAGCGAGGAGGCGGCGAUCAGGGCGCAUCUGAUUGAGGCGGCGCUGACCUCGUCGUCGGUGUCAGACGGCAAUUUGCGGCUGUGUCUGGGGACCCUCGUUGACGGCGCGGCCCUGCUGCAGACCAACUUCCAGCCGCUGGUGCUUUCUGUAGCUCUUCUUUCGUUCAACAAGAGUCAGUUCAAGCGACAUGCGCUUCAGAUCUUACUAGAGCGCAUGGACCUGCCAAUCACCGGCACCAUCGACGAGAUGCGCGCAAGAAUUGAGGCAAAGAUUCAGGAGCUCCAGACACAGGGCGGGAGCGACGACAAGCGCACGGAGAUGGGUCAGUUGCCGCGCGUUGUGGUGCUCAAGAAGGAAAUAGAGAGCCUCCUGGCGCUGCCCGUUCCCGGCUACUGGGACCUCGCUGAAUGCGCACACGUGCUUCUGCCGGCAGGGUCAUGUGACCGCGCGUGUCCGACUGAGGAAGAUAUUCUUGCAAUAUACCGGCGUGAGACGAAGGCAGAUACCCUCGUUGAGCGUUUGGAGCAGCGUAACGCGAGUAUUUAUGCGGUUUUGCAAGAGACGCGGCGACGUGUUGUAGGGUUUAAAGGCACGAUGCUGGUGAACGUUGCGAAGCCGCUUAAGGCAGAGUUUCUGGAUAUCUGCCAUGAGCCGAAUCUGCGCAAGCUGUUCUUUAUGCAGCAGUUCGAGGUGCUCGCGAAGCUGUCGGAUCUGUGGAAAUCGCGCAUCGACGGGUGUCCGGAUGCGCCUGUGCUCGAGUAUCACGGGACGACGGCGCAGGGGACACACGCGUUUUAUCUUAUCUCGGGUAACAUCGACAUCAGCGGAUCAAAGGAGCGAUCAUUCUACGACUACCUGCUGGUGGAGGACGAGACGGACGUGACGGGUGUCCCGCCCGAGGCGCUGUUCGACGACCUGAGCCUCGCGGGGUGUCUGUUCCCCGUGACCCACGCGGUGCGGGCGCAGCGCUGGGACACGCAGAGUGCGGUUGUGGUGGCGAAGGUGGCUGUUGCGGAUGUCUGCGAUGUGCUUCUGGUGCAGGCACGGACACGGGUGGUGCUUAAGAUAUGGGGCAAGUCGCCCUCCGCUUUCCUCCGGCGGGGCGCGCACUACCGGCUCUCGCCGAGACUGGUCGACUUCAACACGAGCAAGGUGCUGUCGACGCUGCUCGAGCUGGACGUGAAAGCGAGCACGCACUUCGAGCUGUCCAGCGUGCCAUUUCUGCAGCUCGUCGUCGACCCCCGCUCGUUUGCGAGCGAUACCAGGGGGAAGGAGCUCGUCAAGAAGGAGGCGGGGAUACAGAGCGCGUUCCGGCAAUUACGCGAUCUGGGCACCGGGCCGGACGAUCCGGCCGGCGCGCUCGUGCUCAAGGCGAGCCAGCACCGCGCGGUACAGCGCAUCCUGUCUAACCGCCUGGCCGUGCUGUGGGGCCCGCCCGGGACGGGCAAGACGUAUACGAUUGCACUGGCCCUGCUGCGGCUGCUCGAGGCGUACCACCGGCUGGGCGACAAGCGCCAGCAUAUUGUGUUCAUCACGGCCAUGACGCAUGCCGCGAUUGAUGCGGUGGAGAAGAAGCUGGUUCAUUUGAUUGCAUGCUACAAGGCUAUCGACGGGCUCCCUGUAGAGUGGCUUGACCACCUGCGCCUCGAACGCGUUCUGAAAGGCAACGAACAAGCCCCGCCGCCUGCGAGCGGUAGCGUAUUCUACCUGGGGACCGUUUACCAGCUCUACAACUUCUCGAAGCGCUAUAAUUUCCAAGUCGACAUGUGCGUGAUCGACGAGGCGGGCCAGCUCGCGCUGAGCUCGGCCGCGCUGGUGCUCCGGAGCCUCGCGCCGGCGGGCCGGAUCGUGGUGGCGGGCGACUCGCAGCAGCUCGCGCCGAUCCUGACGGGGACAUACCCGAACCGGUUCCUUUUCGGGUCCAUCCUCGACGGGCUGAUGCAGCUCUCCAAGCUGCCUGUUUCCGGCCACCACCCGCUGCCGUCGUCGCCCACGGCCAGCGACUACUCGGCGUCGCAAGACACGAUCGUGCAGCUGACGGAGAACUUCCGGCUGAACCCGGACCUGGGCGAGUUUGUCGCGACGAUCUACGCGCGCGCGUUCAAGCCGCAGAAGGCGCAGACGCGGCUGCUUGCGGCGCAGCUCGCGCGGCUUGAAGAGGCGGCGGCGGAGGAGGACGGCCCGGCCGGUCCGGUCCGGCGCGACGUGCAGGUAUACCUGCUCGCGCUGUCGGCGGUGAUGCGCCGGCGGCGGCAGAUAGCGCUGCAGGCCCCGCGAAUAAAAACAGCGCAGAGGCGUGUUGCGGGGGACGAGAGUGUGCCGCAUGCGGUGUCGCUUGCGCUGAUUAGGCUGCAGACGACCAGUCGGAGGCCGGAGGGAGUGGGGUAUGAGGCGCAUGUAAGGGGAGAGGCGGUGCUGGCGGCUGCGGUUGUGGCUGCGCUGCAGCGAUGUUGUCCUUUGGAGGACAUUUUCGUGGCGACGCCCCACCGGAUCCAGCGACAGGCGGUCAAGGCUGCGUUACGGGAGCAGCAGCAGGUCGACGAUCUUGCAGAGCAGAUGGAGGGGCUCGGGCUGAGUGAAGAGGCGUCGUCGGGCACGCGCGGGACGGUCACGGUAGACACCGUCGAGCGGCUGCAGGGCUCCGAGGCGGGCUUUGUCAUCUGCCUCUUCUCGCUCCCGCCGUCUGCCACGCCCGACCUCGCCUUCUUGCUUGAGCGGAGACGGCUGAAUGUGGCCAUCAGCCGCGCCAAGACGCUGUGCAUUCUCGUGUCCUCGGCGACGGUGCUGCGCCCGCCGGUGGGCGUACUUGCAAAUGUGGGGACUGCGCAGGGGUAUGCGUUCUUGAGAGCGUUUGAGGACCGGGCGUGGGCGGGUAAAAUCGAGGUGGAUGUGGACGCCUUGUAG